AUAUCGAGGGCACCCUGUCCUCACGUCCGUUGUUCUUGUAACAAGUGUAAAGGACAUGUAAAAGCUCCACGCCUGCUCUGUCCUUGAAGCAGCAGAGUUUCCUCCACCGCCUGUAGUAUUUUAUCGAGACACGAUGUUUAAUAGGAGUGAAAACAUAAAAUAUAUCCUGGACCUUGUUCCGGGUAAAAAACGUCUCGGGGUGUACAGGUUUCUUCCGGUCUUCUUCUGUCUGGGAGGCGUCAUGGAGUGGAUCAUGAUCAACGUGAGGAUAGGAAGAGAGACUUUCUACGAUGUCUACCGAAGAAAACAAUCAGAACGGAGCUACGAGCAAAAGAUAGCAGAUGGUUCGACAGUUCUCAAAGAGUCUGCAGCCAAGUGAACAUUGUCGCAUUUAAUGUGGACUUCACGUGUCGUCUAAGGACACAUUCUUGGACUCUCGCUCCCUCUCCACUUAUUCUUGUGUCUAAUAGGCUCGGAUGGACUUCACAGCUUGUUUCAGCAGCAGUAGAGCAGUUUUGAAUGAGUCAAGAGUGAAAGGCUGAUGGAAAAACAUGCAAGUUUAUUGUUAAUAUGAUCUUCAAAUGAAGAAACAAAUAAUACUACUACUGCAAUCUUAAAUGAAACAAUGAAAUAACCCCAAUAACGGUGUGUUAUUGAUUUGGCUAAAAAACAGUCUCAACCAAAUAGUAACAAAAGUAAAAAAUACAGUACUUUGUAUUUAGAGACAUCUUGGAUGAUUUUGCAAAAGAUGUGUUAUAUACUGGCAAAAGAAACGGAAGCUCUUUCUUCUACUUGUUUAAAUUCUGCUGCUCUGCAAUUAUACAUUUCUGUACAUUCAUUUAAAAAAAAAAAAAAAACCUUUUGGGUCAUGAAUUGUAUUUGUUUAUAUAAAAUGUAACUUAAGAACUGCAUUUUUCAUCCUGCAUCCUUUAUUUUACACCCUCUCAAGAUUUACCUCCAUCAAAAGCAUGCUUUGGUUAUUUCAGUUGUACCAUCCAAUAGGAAGAGUCUCCAGACAGAUGAAGCUGUUAGGGUGCUUCCACAACAAAACAGGGUUUCCGUCUAGUCGCACCUCAUUCAGGUUGGUCCGGAUGUAAUGACUGUCGUUGCCUUUGCAGAACGUCUCAUCUGUUAUUUUUGAGAUCUUGUUGUUCUGCAGAACAGAAACGGGAGAAACAAUGCAAGGACACACAAUUAGCUGCUUCUUCAUAACAUCAUAUUGUUUUCUACUUUGGCGUUUUGAUUAAUUGCUGUGAAUUACAGAUGAACUUACAUGCAGGUGCACCACAUGAAGAGACUCUGGAAGAUAGGGCACUGCUGUCAGUUCAUUGUUUCCGAGAUAAAGAAAUGCCAGUUCUGUGAGUUUCUGCAAAAAAAAACCCCAAAAAGACCAAUAUUUUGGAUGAGGUUUCCUGCUGUAUCAAAAAUAAAAAUGCAUGCAAAGUGCAUAAAGUGCAACAUUUAAACAUGUCAGUGGACUGUCUUACUUUAAAAGCAGUGGCCUUUACACCCUGGGUUUUAAGAUGGUUGGAAUUGGCAUUGAAUGACACCAGCUUGGCAGGCAGCAUGGGAAGUUUAAUCAGUCUGUUUUGUGCAAGAGAGAGCUCCUCGAGAUGGGGAAGUUUUGAAAAAGCUCCGUCGUCUAUCUCAGAGAUGAGAUUCUCACUUAGGUCAAUUACUCUUAAUGUGGCUGGAGAGAAAAAACAAAGGUGGAGAGUUUAAA